AUGUCUGGACACCACGAUAUUGUGGUCCAUAGUAAAUGCAUAGCUGAUGAGCUGGCGGAGUACAAACGCAAUCAGUUCAGUCUUCAAGGGGAUGGUACUCUAUCACUUCGAACCGCGGAUAAAUGGCUUCGACGAUUCAGAGCCGGUGAAAACGACACCAUGGAUAAGCCAGCCGGCGGAAGACCUGUAACGACGAAUACCGAUGAAAUCAUGGAAAACAUCGAGGUAGACCGGCAUGUGACAUCUCGUGACAACAUCGCCGAGGACAUAGGAGUUAGUCACCAAACCGUUUUAAACCAUCUGCAGAAGGCUGGAUACAAAAAAAAGCUGGAUGUUUGGGUGCCGCAUGAUUUGACGCAAAAAACCUGUUGGACAGAAUCAACGCCUGCGAUAUGCUGCUGA